AUGUCUAUUCAACUUCCUAAAACAGAAUAUACUUUGCUUUCUUUUCCUGAACCUCAUGUGUUGUUGAUUACUAUCAAUCGACAAAAACAAUACAAUGCACUGAAUGCAGCUGCUAAUUGGGAAUUGCAUCAUGUAUUCAACUGGGCUGAACAAGAAGACUCUAUUUGGUGUAUUAUUAUCACAGGUGCAGGUAACAAAGCAUUUUGUACAGGCAUGGAUCUUGUCAGUGCUCAUGAAGCACGCGAGAAUGACAAGUCUAGCGUCGGUGGUUCAGCCAUGCCCCCGACUGGCUUUGGUGGUCUCAGUAAUCGUCGUAUGAGCCGUAAGCCUGUGAUUGCUGCUGUCAAUGGCUUUGCCCUGGGUGGUGGUAUGGAAAUGGUAUGUGCCUGUAAUAUGGUGAUUGCCACUGAAAAAUCUCAAUUUGGCUUGCCUGAAGUCAAGCAAGGUGUCGUCAUUGCUGCAGGUGGUCUUGCUCGUCUUGCUCGAUCUGUUUCUUACCAAGUGGCUUCAGAACUUGUCUUGACAGGUCGAUUUAUUAAUGCCAAUGAAGCUAAACAACACGGCCUUGUGAAUCAAAUCGUACCAAAUGACACAGACGUGGUUGAAGCCGCUCUUGUCUGGGCUAAACUCAUGACUGCUAAUUCGCCUGAUGCUGUUCUUUUGACCAAACAAGGUCUUUUAUUGGCUCUUGAGCGUCCUUCUAUGACAGAUGCUACUGAUGAAUGGAUGGCUUCCCCUGAAGCUAAGGCAUGGAGAGAAGGUGAUAAUCUCUCUGAAGGUUUAAAGGCAUUUGCUCAAAAGAGAAAAGCACAAUGGAAGAAUCCUUCUAAAUUGUAA